UGACGACUGGCUCGAUUCAUCCGCUUGGCUGACGGCCAGCGCACGCUCAGCGCAAACGCCCGAACAACGCAAGGAACUACUUCAUCCUUCAGCGACGGUUGACGGCUCAGAACCAUUUCGACCAGCAGCGCAGCAAGUGCAAAGACCCGCAAAGGCAAAAACAAACAGCGGAACCUAGCGCGGGUAUCUAGAACAUCCGAACAUCGUUCAGUGUCCACCACGAACCACCAUGGUUUACGAAAGUGAUUUCUAUACCACCCGCCGGGUUGGCUCGAGCUAUACCCGCCCCACGAUUUCCUCGUACACCGUGACGACUCCACUGCGAUACUCCGGAGUGCCACGAUUCAACACGAUCACCACCACCACAACGACGUACCGCGCACCGAUGCCGUACGUAGCGCACAAGCGGCUCGUUCCAGUGACGCGGGUCGUCACGUCACCGCCGCGGAUCGUGGUAUCCCCGAUGCGGGUGCUGGGGUCGCCGGUACGCGUGAUCAGCUCGCCGGUACGCGUGUUCGGUUCGCCGGUUCGCACCGUGCGUGCGAUUCGUUCACCGGCCCGCGUCAUCGUAUCGCCGGCCCGGGUCGUCACGAUCCGCUCGCCGUAUCUGCGCCCGUCGAUCAUCAACAAAGAAUUCGAUCGCAUUGAACGUAAAUAUCGCGCUAGUCCUGUAAGUAGUGCCCUAGAGCAGUAUUACAACUCGCCCUCAUACUUGGAAUUUGAGGACGAGAAGCGUGAUAUCCGCAACUCGACCGCACUGCUGCUGCGUCAGCUGAACGAUCCCGUUCCACGUCUGAUGGCUCCAGUUGCACAGGCUGCACCAGAACCGAACCCCAAGAAGUGGGUGUACGAUCCGUUCUCCACGCACAACCGUCUGAACAGUGACACCUACGUCAAGAGCCACAUUACCGAUCCGAUUCGCAGCGUCCGUAACGAUAUCGAGGCCAUGGCCAGAUAUCAUUCGCCAGCGUCGCGCUAUGUCGUAGGAAAAUUAAAUCCAGUUCGUCCGACGCGCAAGUUCAACAACCCGAAGCUGUACGACGAUCCGACCGAUUCGAAGCUGAAGGAUAAGCAGGAGAAGAUCGAACGCGUUGCUGAGCUGAACAAGGUACGCUACGAACCGGUCAACCUCGAGAAGGAGCGCCUGAAGCUGCUGGACGAGGCCAAGAAGAAGGAGGAAGCUGCUGCUGAACGCGAGAAGAUUCGCCAGGAGGAGCAGGCACGCAAGGAGGAGGAAGCACGCCUGGCCGCCGAAGAAGCGGAACGCCGUCGCAUCGAGGAGGAACGUCUGGCCGAGGAAGCUCGCCUCGCCGAGGAAGCCCGACUGGCUGAGGAAGCCCGACUGGCCGAGGAAGCACGUAUUGCCGAGGAGGAGCGUCUGGUCGAGGAAGCCAAGAAGGCUGAAGAGAAGAAGAAGAAGGCUGCCGAGAAGAAGAAGAAGGAAGAGGAGGACAAGAAGAAGAAGGACGCCGAGGAGAAGAAACGAAAGGAGGAGGAAGAGAAGAAGCGCAAGGAGGAGGAAGAGAAGAAGCGUAAGGAGGAGGAGGAGCGCAAGCGCAAGGAAGCGGAAGAGGCGGCUCGUAAGGCGGCCGAGGAGGAAGCCGCCCGUAAGGCGGCCGAAGAGGAAGCCGCACGUAAGGCUGCUGAGGAGGAGGAGGCCCGUAAGGUGGCUGAGGAGGAGGCACGCAAGGCGGCGGAAGAGGAACAGAGCCGCAUUACCGAGGCACAGAAGGUGCGCGAGGAUGAGCUGGCGAGGCUGAACGAGCUGGAGAAGCAAGCGAUCGAGGAGAACAACGAGGAGCUGGCCAAGGAGAUUGCCGAGCUGAAGGCGAUCGCACAGUCGGACGAGGAACUGCUGAAGCGCCAGGCGGCCAAGCUGGAGGAGACGGGUGCACCGGCCGAAGGUGAGGCGGCACCAGCCGAGGAAGGUGCACCGGCCGAAGCAGAAGCGGCACCAGCAGAAGAGGCACCAGCCGUCGAGGCUGCCACCACCGAGGAGAGCAAGACUGAGGAGAGUCCUGCUGCCGCCGAGUGAACGGACACACGCGCAAGUCCGAUCGCUGUAACCACUAGAACUAAGGACUAGGGCUUACUCUCUUCCGAUUUUAUUCUUAGGGUACUUAGCUAGCACUUUAGCAGCACACCAAAUUCGAUCAACGAUUUGAGGCCAAACGCGCUAUUUUCCUAAUGUUUCACAACCAAUUCAAAAGCUGCCUGGUGUACAAAGCAAAUCCAGACAAUAGAACACACCGGCGCUGUAGGAAAACCUAGAUUCGAACGAAACAAGCAAAUUUUUACUUUUAGUCCACAACGAACUUCCCCCAAAAACUUGCCAUUGCAACGUUGAUCCUGCCCCAUCCUAGAUCGAGCUUUUGUAGUAAUAGAGACCGAGCACGCUACUGGCUGCGUACUGCAUUUUCGACAACUGUAACCUGUAAACCGCUUAGCAAAGAGCACGCUACUGCCAUCCUAGUUGCCUAUUAGGUAAGACACACCCGUUGCUUAUCAUGUAGCCGUGGUACGGUAGGGAAAAAAAACGGAGAACACACGAUCCUUGCACCGAAAUCAAAAAACAAGAAAAAAACGGCAAAUGAAAUAGGAGCAAAGCAACGACGAUGUAAACCGAUCCGAUCCGAUUCGAUUGAUAUAGCGUACCGCAUCAAGUCUAUAUUGGGUAGAAUUCGGAUGCAAAUUCGGAACACGUGCUUCUACUACAUCGCAACCGUUUGGACCGGUGGACCGUUCACCGUUUGCCGUUUCUCCGAUACUCGUACGCAUUGUUAAGCAAAAAAGGUUUUUUGCAUUUUCUUAUCCCCUUACUUCGACAUCAGCCAACCGAACGCACACGACACGCGGUCUUUAAUUGUGUAAUGUUUUUGAUUUUAUUUGAUCACUUACCUUUACUGCUCAUGGAGAAGAUAAGAUGGCCACUCUCUCUCUCUCUCUGCGCAAAGUACUGCCCAUUUCGUUUAGUUUCUAUUCAUUUAUUGCAUUUCUUGUUUGAUGCUUAAGCUUACUCAAAGUAGUUUAAUACCUAAGAGAGCGUGUUUCCGUUGCGUUAGAUUCAGUUUAAUUGUUUCGUCUUUUCUUUACGUUAUUUCAUACUUGUUUUUGUUGGUUGUUAAGUUUACCGUGUUCGAUUACGAUCGAUAAGACAGUAAAUAAAGGUGUAAAUAAGAUUAGAAAAAAAAA